AUGCCCCAAAGUAACCAGGAAAAUUCAAGAAAUAGUUCCUUACCCCAAAAUCUGGAUGAAGGUACAACAGGCAUGCUAUCGUCAGAUCUUAAAACACUCUGUGUCGAUGACAGUUCUUCUAAUUCAAAUGUUAUUUCUGAAAUUGAGAAUAGCUUAGAAUUAACCAAUAGUAGGAAUUUCAAUAAUAUUGAUACAAACAGAGAUGUUUCCUAUUACAAACAGUUAGGACAGCAAUUUGAACAUAUUAUGUUUCAACUAUACACAAAGGAGCAAAUCAAUGAUGUAAAUAGAGAUCAAGCUAUGCUAGAUUUCAUGCGUAAUGUUUGUUCUCUUCAAACCCAAAAUAAAGAGUUAAUGAAUCAAAAUGAGGGGUAUAAAGUUACAUUAUUAGAUCUUAAACAACAAUUGUUUGAUAACAAUAUGAAAAAGAAAAGUGAAUUAAAACAAUUUCAGAAACUACAUGAAAACAAAAUGAAUAUAAUCAAACAACAUGAACAAACAAAUAAAACCCUUCAAGAGAAAAUACAGAACUUAGAAAGGAUAAUUAAGACAAGAACAAAUGUUCAAAUGUUUUACUUUGACAAAUCAGUUAAAAUUUAUAGUACUGUCAAAGAAAUUUUUGCACAAACUAUAGAUAACGAGUCAGCAAAAACAUUUAAUCUGUGCUUAAAUGAUUUAAUUGAACAUAUGAAGGAUUUCAAUGAUAUCAAAAUAAUUGACUUUGAAUCGAUCAAAACAACCAUAACCAAAUUUUUUAAUAAUGAAUUUAUCAAAAUCUUUUUGGUUGAUUAUAGUAAAAAUAAACAAUUUGAUCAUUUGAUAGACAAACUAGCCUUAUUAGAAUCAGAGAAUGCCAUUUUAGAAGCCAAGAUUCAAAAACAGAAAAAAAUAUUAAAAUUGAUUGAAAGCAAUAUAGGUCUUCCAAGUUUACAAAAUAACUUGUAA